UAAUUGUGCUUGUAUUGUGGACAAAGUUCAAAGUUGUAUUAAUAUAAUCGACCAUAAUUUCUCUAAGAUGGACAUAGAAUCUUUGAAUGACCUUGUACUUUUUUUAGAUUUGUUCUUGACUAUUAUUUGUCAAGAGCUUUGUAAAAACUCGUGAGCUUGUCUUCUCAGGAAUUGUAUAUUUAAGAAUUAAAAUGUUAUCGUUAUCACGUUAUCAUGUGGACGUUGACAUUUAGAUGUCUGGGAAAGAUGCCAAAUGUCAAAUGUAAAACGACCAUUUUAAGUGGUAGGUAUAGAUAGCGUUGAAAAAUAUUUCCUUUACGUGAAAUUGUGUUUCAUCGAUUUGUAACAAUGUAAUAAAAAGGAAAUUGAUUCAGGAUAUCGUUGAAUUAAAAUACGUUUAAAACAAUGUUACUAUUAAGAAAAAUUAGCCAAUUCUACGCUUGUCGGAGCGACUUCUUCAAAUGGGCGGGUAAUAAAGCGCUUUCAUUGGACGAGCGUAGCUUGAGGCAGCGCCAUUUUGUGCUAGUUCGCUGACUGAUGCAAUUUGCAAAUGCUUUUACGCUAUUUUUUUUGUUUCACAUUAAAUUUGUGAUAAUUGGGAUAAUUGAUUUUUUUACUGUAUUUGUUACUUCAACAAUAUGAUGAAUGCAACUGAUGUUGAAUAUGUUGAGGCUGAGAGGGAAUACAUGCAGUUGAACAAAAGUGAUAUAAUGGAGGGUGAGAUAGUCGACGAUGCAGAUGAUCACUGGGAUCAUAACAGCAUUAGAAUAAUGCUAAACUUGUAUAUAGAGAAUCUUGAUAAAUUUAGAAAUCCAAAAAUAAGAAAGAAGAAUUUAUGGUCGGAUGUUGCAAAUGCUGUGGGCAAAAGUCCCGAUUGUUGUAACAAGAAAUUUCGAAAUUUAAAGCAAACAUAUAUAAGAUUAUUAAAAAAGAAAAACAGGAUUGGUAUGUCAACAGUAAAAUGGCCGUACUUUGAGAGUUUUGAGGAGAUAUAUUGUGUGGAGGGUGAAUAUCAGCCUGAGAUUCAGCAGAAACUGCAGGAAGGUUCUAAUGAGAGUAUAGCUAAAGCGCUAUUGUCGAUAAGCUCUCCGACAAAGUUUGAAGAUGGUAAUGAAAAUGGAGAAAGUUCUAGUGGUCAAAAUGAAGAAGUAAGAAGAAGGUUGACAAGAAAACGGAAUGCUGAAUUUAGAAAAGUUACAUUAGAAAUUAAGGAUAGGCAAAGAUUGGUAGAAGAAAAACUAGAUAGAUUAAUUAAUAUUGUGGAAGAGUCAAAUAACAUUCAAAGAGAAAGGAACAAACUGUUUGAGGAAUUUCUUGAGAAACUCAGGAAUUCUCAAGGAGGAUGCUGAUUUCGCCGAGAAUAUAAGUCAAAAUAAUAAUUGCGAAUGAAUUUACAUGUAUAUUUUUAUAUAUUCAGUCAUUCUAGUUUUUAUUGGUGUAAAUAUCUAGGGGUUUAAUAAAUUUUUUACAUGAA